CCUCGUCCAUCCAUCCCACUGUUCAUUUCUGCUACUAGCAACUGUCAAAAUGAAGGAAGCACUUGUAUUUCGCAAGAAUGGGCCCAUGGAGGUUAAGAUUCACUCCGUGCCUAUUCCCAAACCCGGACCGGACGAGAUUUUGAUCAAAGUCGUCGUUAGCGGCACAAACCCCAAGGACUGGAAAUUCCCUGACUGGAUGGAUGCAUUUGAUGGGAAAAACACAGGCGACGAUAUCGCUGGCUAUGUACACGAGGUUGGCCAAAACGUCUCCGAGUUCAGAGUCGGAGACCGUGUGGCUGCCUUCCACGAUUAUAUGACGCCGCAUGGGAGCUUCGCAGAAUACGCCAUUGGGAAUGUGCACGCUACUUUUCACAUCCCGCCACAUAUUUCAUUCGAAGAAGCAGCCACGGUGCCCUUGGCUGCAUUGACCGCCUCGAUCGCACUGUUUGCACGCCUGGGCCUACCUGAACCAUGGCUCGGAAACAAAUCUUGGGCCACCAAGCCUGCAGGAGGAGUUCUUGUCUAUGGUGCUGCGACAGCUGUCGGAUCAUUUGCGAUCAGACUGUUACAGAAAGCAGACAUCCAUCCUAUCAUCGGCGUCGCUGGAAAGGGUAUGGAUUAUGCUCGGAGUUUAAUGAACAGUGAAAAGGGUGAUGUCGUCAUUGACUACCGGGACGGCGAAUCUGCGAUCGUACGGGGAAUACAGGAUGCCAUCCCCGCUGGUGAAAGUCUCCAAUAUGCAUUAGACGCGGUCAGCGAAGCAUCGAGCUUCCAGGUGGUCGAGAAGGUUCUGGACCAGACAUCGGGCGCAGUGUCACUCGUUACGCCGGAGGCACCUAAACAUUUAUUCAGCACGAUACGGGUUGAAUUCAGCAACGUUGGAAGUAGCCACGGGGAUGACAAGGAUUUCGCUUAUGUGUGGUCGCGAAUGAUUAGCAGGGGCCUCAGUGAGGGUUGGCUCAAGCCUCAUCCCCAUGAAGUAACCCCGGGUGGUCUGGAGGGUGUAGAAACCGCUCUGAAUAACUUGAAGGCUGGGAAGGCUAGUGCUGUGAAAAUUACUUCAACCGACAAGUCCAUCAUCGAACGAGGCAUCUCUGCAGUCUAUAUCCACGAAACUUCGAAACAGUAA